CUGCAAAAAUCAGUCUUGUAAGAUGGCGACAGGAGUGAAGAGCUAAGUGUGCGAUGGCUCGUGUUCCUGGUGGCUUAAAUUCUUUUCGAGUGUUAUUAGCGUUUCAGUGAGAGAUUUUGGUCAGUAGUGUGCAGUUUUCAAUUUGUGUGAGGAAUAUCUGACCGUGAAAGAACCGAAAUGCGCGAGUUCAAAGUUGUCGUCCUCGGUUCGGGCGGGGUUGGCAAAAGUGCUCUCACCGUCCAGUUCGUGUCUGGUUGUUUCAUGGAAAAAUAUGAUCCUACGAUUGAAGAUUUCUACAGGAAGGAAAUAGAAGUCGACAAUUCGCCGUGUGUACUGGAAAUUCUGGAUACAGCCGGUACAGAACAGUUCGCGAGUAUGCGCGACCUGUACAUCAAGAAUGGACAAGGGUUUGUUGUGGUGUAUAGCCUGACAAACCAUCAAACGUUCCAAGACAUCAAAACAAUGAAGGACUUGAUCACUCGCGUUAAAGGGACAGAAAAAGUACCGAUAUUACUGGUAGGAAAUAAGGUAGACCUCGAGCACCAGAGGGAGGUAGCGACGAGUGAAGGUAGUGGUUUAGCGCAGAUGUGGGGAUGCCCAUUUGUGGAAGCAAGUGCCAAAAACAGGACAAAUGUCAAUGAAAUGUUUGCCGAAAUAGUCAGGCAAAUGAAUUUCAGCCCCGAAAAAGAAAAGAAGAGCUACUGCUGCUGCACUGUUCUGUAAGGAACGUCAUAUCGACUGACGAUAUAUGGUGUGUACAGAAUUGUAAAGUGAUGCAGAAUUACGAUUAGGGCCUACAUCGCAUUUGAAACUGGUAUUGUUCCACUUGACUGGCCAACUUUUUAGAUCGUUGUCGUUGUUUUUGGUGUGUAUUACAUACGUGUAUUUCCUUAGAAAUUAAAUCAGUGUUUCCCA